GCUGACCCAGAGACCUGCAUGAAGUGGUUGCACAAGAAGAGGAGGUAGAAGCUGGCAGCUUUCUGAGGGAGCCGCGCACAGAGCUGGGGCUUCUUCGGGGAGAUGCAAGAUGACCUCCCAUGAGAGAUGCCUUCUGGAGGAGAUCCAAUGAAAACAGAGCCCUGCAGCCUCUAACUGGGACAGCUCCUGCUGGUCUGGAGCUGAGACUUAUUUUUCUCCCUUCUUUUUCCAUUGGAGAUGUUGCAGGGAUAUAAUCUGUGCUCUUUCUCCCCACCUGAAGCCUGCCGUGGCAAUGACCCCACAGCCAGACCCAAGCACCAAAGAGAAGAGGAUUGUGCGUUUGAAGCAGGGCCGUCACUGUAACUGAACUGGAAUUUACUCCCUGCUUACGCUCCCGGAACGGCCGCUGCCGUUCCUGUGUCUGUGUGUGUUUCAAGCUGCUCCUCCCUAAUCUCAUUUGGAAUUCCCGGCCUUUCCACGCUGAAUCUGCCCAUGGCUUUCCUGAUGAAGAAGAAGAAGUUCAAAUUUCAGACAAGCUUCACUCUGGAAGAGCUGACUGCUGUCCCCUUUGUGAAUGGGGUUCUGUUCUGCAAAAUCAGGCUGCUAGAUGGAGGAGACUUUGCUAGCUUAUCCAGCAGAGAAGAAGUUCAGGAAAACUGCGUCCGCUGGAAAAAGAAAUUCACCUUCGUGUGUAAAAUGAGUGCCAACCCGGCCACAGGACUCCUGGACCCCUGCGUCUGCCGAGUGUCUGUCCGUAAGGAGCUGAAGGGCGGAAAAACCUACUCCAAGCUGGGCUUUGCUGAUCUAAAUCUGGCAGAAUUUGCGGGCUCUGGAUCCACCGUCCGUUGCUGCUUGCUGGAAGGAUAUGAUACGAAGAACACCCGACAGGACAACUCCAUCCUAAAGGUCACGAUCGGGAUGUCCCUGCUCUCAGGAGAUCCCUGCUUCAAAACGCCUCCUUCCACCGCUAAAUCCAUCACCAUCCCGGGCCAGGACUCCUCCCUGCAGCUGACCUGUAAGGGUGAGGGCACCACGAGCAGCAACAGCAGCUCGGCCACCAUCGGUUCUCUCCGCCAGAGCAAGCCAAGACCCACCAUUCUCAGCUCGGGUGUCCCAGAAGAACCAGACCAGAAUCUGUCCAGUCCAGAGGAAGUCUUCCACUCAGGGCACUCGCGAAACUCUAGCUACGCCAGCCAGCAGUCCAAAAUCUCUGGUUACAGCACGGAGCACUCCCGUUCUUCCAGUAUGUCCGACCUGACCCAUCGCCGGAACACGUCCACCAGCAGCAGCGCAUCCGGGGGGCUCAGUAUGACAGUGGAGUGUCCGGAGGGAGAGCGGGAUCACAAACUAGAGAAGCCCCCUCGGCCCCCGAGGCCGGCCCUGCUCAUGGAUAGACCUUCCCGAAGGAAAAAGGAUUCAGUGGAGAGUCACCCAACCAGAGUGGAUGACACCAGGAUCGAUGCUGAUGAUAUAGUGGAGAAAAUAAUGCAGAGUCAGGACUUCACAGAUGUCAGCAAUACUGAAGGCAACGACAGUAACCUGAGGCUGUUUGUGAGCAGAGAUGGCACAACUACACUGAGUGGUAUUCAGUUGGGAAACAGGGUCUCAUCUGGAGUUUAUGAGCCAGUGGUGAUUGAAACCCACUAAAUGUGAAGAACAGGGUAGAGCUGCUGGAAACGGA